CGCUCGGUAAUCGUACGCUGUUAAGCGGGACAGACCACAGAGAGACCACGCCAUUUUCAGCCUCCUAGCAGCUCAGUGCCAUAUUUCCACUUGCGGCCCUGAUUUAACGUUGCUGCAGUAGUUUUAAGUGAAAUAUUAUGCGCGUGAAGACCGAAAUGGAUGACGAUGAAAAGGGUAAACUCUUUGUUGGUGGAUUAUCAUGGGAAACGACACAGGAAAAUUUACAACGCUACUUUAGUCGUUAUGGAGAAGUUAUAGAUUGUGUUGUCAUGAAAAAUAGCGAGUCAGGCCGAAGUCGCGGAUUUGGAUUUGUAACAUUUAGUGAUCCGGCAAAUGUUUCUAUGGUUCUUCAGAAUGGUCCUCAUACACUUGACGGAAGAACAAUCGAUCCAAAACCAUGUAAUCCCAGGACUUUACAGAAGCCGAAGCGUAGUGGCGGUUUCCCUAAAGUUUUCCUUGGUGGUUUACCAAGCAAUGUGACAGAAACCGAUCUCAGAUCUUUCUUUACACGCUUUGGCAAGGUCAUGGAAGUGGUUAUAAUGUACGAUCAAGAAAAGAAGAAAUCUAGGGGAUUUGGAUUUCUCAGCUUUGAGGAUGAAGAAGCAGUGGACAGAUGCGUAGCGGAACAUUUUGUCAACUUAAAUGGAAAACAGGUUGAAAUUAAACGAGCUGAACCUCGGGAUUCCUCAAGCAAGAUGAAUGACAGCCAUCAGGGUCAAUGGGGUCCGCCUCAACAAGGAGGACCCCCAAUGGGAAUGGCGGGUAAUAUGGGUCCUAUGGGUGGACCGAACGGACAGAUGGGUGGACCGAUGAUGGGAGGACCGAUGGGUCCACCUGGAAAUAUGAUGCAACAAUAUCAAGGUUGGGGCACCAGUCCGCAAACGGGCGGAUAUGCUGGUUAUAGUACGCAAUACAACGCCCAGGGUUGGGGCGCACCACCGGGACCACCUCAACAACAGCAGAUUCCACCACCGCCACCGCAGUGGGGAAGUAGCUACAAUGUCCAACCGGCUGCAGCUACUCAGGGCUAUGGAAGUUACGGUGGGCCGGCGGCGGCCGCUUCAGGGGGCUACGGGCCCACGGCGGGUACUGGCGGGGCUGCGGGGGGCGGGCCUGGGGGCUCUUGGAAUUCCUGGAACAUGCCACAGAAUGGGCCUCCUCCUGGGACCCAGCCUCCACCCCAGCCCCCCCAGCCCAAUUCCUCGCAGCCCAACUCCAACUCGAACCCCUCUGGCCCGCAGGGUGACAUGUACUCGAGACAAAACACCGGUUCAGGUGCGCCCGGGUCUAGCAGCAGUUCGGCCAAGACUCCUGAUUACACUGGGUACUCUGCGUACAGUAAUUAUACUGAUACCACUUAUCCUCAACGAUCUUACCAAGGAGGAGAAACCAACCAAGUUUCAUUUAGUGAUAUAAGUGCACCAUGGCAAAGUAUAUGCGUCUGGCCCAAUUUGUACAACACUUCGUUGACACGGACAAAAAAGGAUUAAGUAGAAAAACAAUUUUUAUAACUAUGUAAUUGUCCAAACAUUUUUUGUAAUAUACGAAUUUAGCAAUUCAAUUUAUAAAUUGUAAAUACAAAUAUAUAAAUUGUAUGUUUCUAAAUACGCUUGAAAGUUUUUUGUUUAACCGGAAAAAGUUGCCGAUCACUUAAAAUUGUUACCAUCAUAUUGAGAGAUUCUCUACGCUUUUUAUUUGGACGCAGCGCAAAUGUAACGCUUCUAAUGACUUUUCUUAAAAUUUUCUCUCUGACUUUAUACAUAUAUACAAUAUUUAUAAAAAUAUUUAUAUCGUAAAAUAAGUUGUAUUUUACAUCUAACUAACGGGAAAAAAAAGAAAACCAUGUAGAGCGAGUAAAAUCUUUUAGGUUUUAAAUUAAAAUAAAUUCACAUUUUCAUUGAUGUACAUACGCAAACGUUUCGACCUUGUACAUGGCUUUUCUUUUUUUUUUUUAUUUUUUUUUAUUUUAUUUGAACUUUAUGUUUCAAAUCGAUCACGCUUCGUCCACCUCGGUUUUAAAAGACAGCGCGUAAAUGUGAUUUAUGUUUUACAAGUGCACGCUUGUGGACAACUUUGUCGAUUUAUAGCGUUUCUUUCCAUCCAGGGUGAUUUGCAUAGUUUUGCUUCUUCUAUUCUUGCCGACGACGCAAACGAGUCGCGUUCUCUUUAAGACUUCGAUUUGGAAAUAUUGCCGUGACGCUUUAGGGUUUAGGAUAAAGAAAAAAACAAUGAGUGAAAGAAAACAAAACCUUAUUAAGAGAUAGAGAGAAGUGUCAGAGUACCGCUACUAAUUAUCACUAAUUAAUAAACUAUUACUUAACGCGUUAAAUAGCAUCAUUUUAAACCGAGAUAGAGUGAGGAAGAAAAAGAAUUAUAAUCGUGAGAGAGAAAGAUAAGUAAGAGAGAGUAGAACAAAACGUAGUAACUGUUGUUAUUGAUUUCUAAUUUGUUAUCGAUCGUCACAACUACGGCUAUAUUCUCCUAAUAAAGUACGUAUGUAACUUCUCGAGGUUACGAGAGAUAACAAGAGUCGUGUGAAAGACAGAUAAAAAUAUAAAUGGAAACGUAGUUUAGAUUUUUAGCGCAACGAGUGUGUCUGUUAAUUAAAAAAAAAAAAAAAAAUCAACUGGAGUGUCAAGCUCGGUAUUGUUGUUCUUUGAUGAAAAGUCCUGUGCGACCGGUGUUGCGUGGGUGUGUUGCGUGAGCGAGUGUAUGUGACAAAGGACGGGUGCAACAAAAAAAAAACAAACAAACAAACAAAACGUGGACUCGGUUAGUUAGGGAUAAAUAGACGUAUAUAAAAAAACGCUCUGGAAAGACUGGGAAUUUAAUUAAAUCACACCCUCGGAGUAGUUACCUAAUUAGGAAAGUUUGCUGUAAGGUUAUUAAACGACUGUUCGAAUUUAUUGUUACUAAUAGUUAAUGGGCUAUCUCUAACGUCUUACGGUCUAGUUUACUCGAUAAAAAAAAAAAAACAGAGGAUAAAAAAAGUUGGUUAAGAAACGCGUUACCUUCGCCUAAGGAAGAUAGUUGUAUGAAAAAAAUAACAAACAAACAAAUAAAUUGUGAUUACGUUUAGCUGAGUAAGAUUGAAAUUUCACGUCAAAAAAUAAUACGGAUAGAAAGUACACACCGAAAGUGCUACGUUCUGAUCUCUUCUUCGGUUUCUGUUUUUGAUUUUUUUUUUUUUUUUACACAUGUAAAGCUAACAGAGAAAGAUUUAUAUAGCUCUCGAGUAUGCAAGCGAUUCCUAUAAGACGGUAUUUUUAACGUGAAACAAAAGUGUUAACGAGAUUUUACUUUUACCGUUUUUUAGUGAAGUACGAAUGUUAUAUUUUUUGUUGUUACGUGCUGGUUGACUCGAUCAACAAGCGGAAACUAAUUAUCCUACUUACAUCGACGACAUAGCAUAUUACUCUUCUUAAACUGUGUCUUAAAAUCGUCAACGAUAUCGGUCGUCUUGCAGCAUCUUUACGAGAAGGAGUGCAACGACGUCGAACAUCGUGACGAUGGUUGUAUCUCUGCGAAAAGAUAAAAAAUAAAAAUAAAACUCGGACGUUAUAGAGGUAAAUCGCUGUAAUUAUUGAUUAAGGGAUAAGUUGUGUACAAAUGUAUUUUAAAUUAUCUCAAAGUACCUUACGCGGGUGCUGCUUUAACUCAGAAAGGAAAAAACAUAAUUAAUGACUCACUUUGACUAAGUUUACUAUAAUGAAUAAACGAGUUUUAUAAUAAUGUAAAUUACACACACAAUUGUUACAUAGAGGCCCUGUCGUUCCGCCUCACUUAGGAUCGGCGAGAGCGGGAGGAAAAUACCGACACGCAUAUAGGAUCAAUAAUUAAGAUAUCGAUUAUUAUCUAAUUAAUUAAUUAAUUAAUUAAUUAAUUAACAUUUGUAAUUCUCGAAAUAUAAGGCCAUCGUAGAGACAAGUAUUAAAAUAGGGAAAAAAAAAAGAGAUAUUUUUAAUGAAAACAAACAACAAAUGCCAACUAUUGUGUUCUCGUGAGAAUCAUAAUUAUUCCGUAAUUUUUAAGUAUGUAAAGAGAAAAGAAAAGAGCGUAUCUAAGUCGUUGUAAUUAUUAAUUAUUUCGUUAGAGAAAGCAACACGACGGGAGAAAGUUUAUAUUAAAUGGUUGUAUAACAAAUCACAUACACAGAGGACGUGAGAAACAUAUAUACGAUUAAAAAUAAUAACUGGGGUGUGUGCGCGUGUGCAAAAGAAUAACGCAUGAUUGACGAAUGAUCAAUAAUCAAGCGAUUGAUAACCGAGAUUGAAUCUCGCUGAAUGAAAACUCCAUUUUUAACACGGGAAUGAACGAUAUGGAAUGAGCGAUGAUGCGGGAAGAACGGUCGAGUUAAAAGAGAUUUAUCACGCGGUGCGGUUGUUGUGUUGCUUCAAGAGCGAGUGCAAGGAUGCGCAUGUGACGUUAACAGCCAGAAAGAUAUAUAUAUAUAUACGCGUAUACACACGGACACACAGUGAGAGAGACGCUCACAUACACAUUUUAAAAACGUCACCAGAUUUCGAAUGGCGCAAGCCAAGCGCGUUUACUAGUUGCCAAAUAACGUUCUGUUAUGUGAACUUGAUAAGAGUAAAACCUAGUGUUUACUUGCUAAGUGAAGAGACCACGCGAAACAGAGAGAGAAAGAGAGAGAGAGAAAGAGAGAAAGCUUAAGCCGCAUUACAAUAAAUAUAGCACAUGUAGGGAAUAUAACUUGCAUUAUUAAUGAAAACACGUAGGUAAAAUCCGUUAGUGCUUGUUAAAACAAAGAUGUGAUGACCGAGUGUCUCGGCGCAAUAUUUCCAAAUCGACGAAUCCUCGAACUUGUCGCUCAUCCUCACUCAAUAAUUACUCGCGACCCAGCGUGCAAAAAGAAAAUAGAAAAACAAUCGAGUGUUUGUCUGUGUUGUGUUUAAUUUUAGUGACGUCUCUGAUUUGAAGAGAGAAGAGAGCGAGAAACUACGGGAGAUUGGCAGAGUCAGUUGGUUGAAGUCAGUUCGAUUAGAUUCCUCUGUACUCUUGUCACAAAUCGUUGAAUUAUUAAAUCAUCAAGCGAGAAAUCGUGUGUAAAAUUUUGGGCUUUACGUGUAUAGGUAUCUGUCGUUGAUCAAGAAUUGUUAAAACGAAUUCAAGUGGUCCGGGUAUGGUUUUCGAAUUGGAAAAAAACCACGUUGAUAUGUGUUAAUUUCCUCUCGGAAAUUUUUACAGCACAUUGCGAAAGCAUCAAAUUCAAACGUCACUUGCAUGUAACGAUCUCGAUUACUUCCGAGUGAUUGAACGCACCUGGGAUAAGAAUAUUUUUUAUCAGUCGAAGUUAGAGGAAGGAGCAGGAAUUGCUGCUUCAAUAAUUGACAGAGUUUUAUAGGAAGAGUUCGGUUGUUUUUUAGAAUUGCAGCUAAUCUCCUUGACGUGGUUUUGUAGUAGAGAUAGUCAGUUUUUCCGGGAUGCUUGCGGGAUGGCAGGAGAUUUUGACGAAAUCGAUCGAUCCAACUGAUUUCUUCUCGUCGUUCCUUUUUGUUUCUCGUACACACCACAUGCUUGCCGACAAAAUAGAGAAACGAAGAAAAAAAUUAUCUUCUUUCUCGCGAUGAUUUUGUCUGAGAUAUUUUAUUUAUCCGUUUGAGCGUGUAAAAACUCUGUUCUCAGUUGCUGUCAAGUGCAAGAAACAUGUGUAUCUCAAUAAUCAGUCGUUACCAAAUUAUGAUCGCACUUUAGAAAUACGUUUUGUGUUCGUAAACGCGACGUAUUUUACGUAACAAAUAACGAAGAACAAAAAUGACAAAUUUUUAAUCGAAUCAACGCUCAUCGCGUUGUUACACACGCAAACAGAUAAAUAAACUAUAAACUUCACAGGGAAAGUGAGUGUUAUUGUCUUGUACUUUUUUGUCGGUAAAAAAAUACAAAAAAAAAAAGAAAAAAAAACAAACACACACGUUAUUAUACAUCAUACGAGUACGUCAUGCAUCAUACGCUCUUACUCCCUCCCCCCACUCUUAGAAAUCAUUGUCCUUCAUGAUCGCAAGCACUACUACUAGUACUACUAUUACUACUACUUGUACUACUAUUAUUACUAUGAUACCAUGAUUCUUACUAUACGAGUAUUCUUAUUAUUAUUACUGCUAUUAUUAUUAUUAUUAUAUCUUACACACACACACUUAUAAAAUACAUAUAUACAUAUAAAUAUAUAUACUUAACGGUGUUUCUAGUGGUUUAACAGAUUAAUUGAUACUUAAGAUAUAUUAAUAACGAUUAUAACAUAUAAUAUUAUAUAUAUAUAUAUAUAUAUAUAAAUCUCUAAAUACGUAUAUAUAUACAUAUUAUAUAAUGAUGUAAUGGCCAACCUCAAGAGAAAAUUAAGAUAAAAUCAUUAUUCAUAAAAAUUACACGCUGUGGAAUUAGAAUAUGAGGAAAUGAAUUAAAUAGAAAA